AUGGAAUCGCCUGAAAAAAUAUCAGAAAUGGAGUCGCCGGAAAUCACCGUCGGCAGGCAGAUUGAGAGAAGAACGAAGAGGUCUCUACUGCAAUAUACAAACUCUAACACGGAACCUAUUACUGGGACGUCGAGACGACAAUCUGGUGUAGGUCGCAAGGAGAGUUUAGUUCUUAAUUGUAUUCCAGAUAACUCUAACGGAAUCGAGUCACCCGAAGUACGACAUACUCAGCCCAUUGAUCAUGUCAAUGCGAAAUUUGAUCGAUUAUUAGUGGGUGUUUCACAUUUGGAAUCACGUAUUGACGCUACUGAACGUCGCGUAGUCAAUCUCGACUCUACGCAUAAACCUGAGCCUGAUCCGCCUUAUGAUCUUCCGGAGUAUGUUGAUGGCGAUUUCGAUCACCAUCGUAAUUUGUCCUUUCAUCGGGGCUCCAAGACUUAUUCCCACGCAGAGUCAAAUCACUAUCCUCGAUCAACAUAUCCUGCCCGCCGGUUUCCAGAGAUUCCCUUACCCCGUCCACCACACGACUCGGGGUACUCUUCCGGUCACCGUGUUCGGUCGGAUAGACCACCACGUCAGUUUCACAGUCAGUCCAAUCAGUUUCCUGAUUUUUCGGCAGAGCAGUUCCGCCCCAGAAAUGUUUGGGAACCGCCCCAAAACCGCAAUAACCACUCUACAACGUGGGAUAAUAAUCAUCCACGUUCGCGGUCCUGUUGGGAUCCCCCUCUGAACCGCCAUCAGCCUGGAUUUCAAAAUUCUGGAUUUCAGAAUUCGGAUUAUUUUCCGAGAGUGAAGAUGGAUCCGCCUCAUUUUGAUGGAUAUGAUGCUUCGAAUUGGAUUUCGUGGGUACAAUAUUAUUUCGAUCAUAUAAUGAUGCCGGAAGACCACAAAUUACACUAUAUUGUGAUGCUUUUUGAUCCACUAGUCGACGAUUGGAUAUUUAAUUAUCGUGCCAAUAACCAUUUUGUCACUUGGCUGGAUUUUUUGGAAGAUGUUCGACACAGGUUUGAUCCGCAAUGCUAUGAAAAUUAUAUUGGUCUUAUCUCCAAAUUAUGUCAAACGGGCUCUGUUUCAGAAUAUCAAUUGGCUUCCGAAAAGAUGAUGAAUAGAAUUUGCGGCGUGCCGGAGUCUACACUCUUGCCUAUCUAUAUUACAGGUUUGAAACAACCGAUUCAAAGGCAGGUAAAGCUCCACCGUCCCACUACUUUGGCGUCGGCUUUCGCGUUAUCUCAGGAAUUAUCGGCUACUCAUGCCGAAUCCAAUGCGCCAACAACUACUAGGUUUCACAAACGGCCAUGGACGCAAAAAGAUUCCCGAGGACCACUAACUCAACCGCCAAUAUCUUCAGAGAAGACUAUUGCAACCACAAGUGCUGCUGGGCAGCAGCCCUCUGCUCGCUCUCGUGAUUUUUCUAAGCUGCCGGUAGUCCGUGUUUCUAAAGCCGAGAAGGCUGAGAGUUCAAGAAGCGGUCAGUGCUGGUAUUUUAAUGAUAAGUGGGCACCGAAUCAUGUGUGCAAUCAGACGUUUCUCGUUUAUAUGGGUAUUGAUGAAGAUGGGGAACAAGUGACUGACCAGGAUAAGGAUUUAGUGACAGCCGAUUUAUCUCACUUGCAAUCACGUGAUGGAAGAAAACGGUCCAAAUCUUUAAGCAUUGUGGGGACUAUCGGAUCUCUUGAAGUCAGUAUCUUGAUAGAUACAGGAGCAUCUCAUGAUUUUUUACAUCCCCGGGUCGCGGAGAAAUUACAGUUACCUUUGUCGCCUAUUACUCCGUUCCGUGUGGGACUUCUUUCGUCUUGGAUUUACAUGUCCUUUGCCGCUUAUGGUUCGGAUUUAAUCUUGGGUAUGGAAUGGUUGGAGUCAUUGGGUAAGGUUACACAUGAUUAUCCGGAGAGAACGAUGGAAUUUAUCAAAGAUGGCACUCCAGUUCUCUUGCGAGGAAUUACACCUCCUCCACGUCCGGUUUCUGUUUGUAUGUUGUCCGCUAUGCUAGCUCGAACUACAGGCCAUGACCUGUAUGAGCUUGUGGCAGUCGACCCUUCUGACACGAAUCUCUCCGUUGAACAGCCGAUGUCUCUUCCGACGGAUUUGCCUGCGUCCAUCUUGGAAACCUCACAGCAUCAUAUUCAGGUCUUCUCUACACCUUCAGGCAUGCCCCCGCGUCGGCCCUUCGACCACAAAAUUCAUCUCCAACCUAACUCCCGGCCGGUGAAUGUGCGGCCAUAUCGGUAUCCAUAUUUUCAAAAGAAUGAAAUCGAACGUCAAGUUCGUGAAAUGCUUGAUCAAGGUAUCAUACAACGCAGUCAGAGUCCUUUUUCUUCACCGGUGCUGCUCAUUCGCAAGAAAGAUGGCUCUUUUCGGUUCUGUAUUGAUUAUUGUGCUCUUAACACGGCUACUGUACUUGAUCAUUUCCCAAUUCCCACCACGGAUGAGCUUUUUGAUGAGCUGGGUGCGGCAAAAUAUUUCACAAAACUUGAUUUGCGUUCGGGAUACCACCAAAUUAGGAUGCAGGAGGAUGAUGUCUUUAAGACAGCAUUUCGAACUCAUGAUGGGCACUUUGAGUUCUUAGUCAUGCCUUUCGGGUUGACUAACGCUCCCUCCACAUUCCAAGCGGCUAUGAACACAAUUUUUCAGUCAUUGCUAAGGAAAUCAGUCAUUGUAUUUUUUGAUGACAUAUUGAUUUAUAGUGCAAGCUUGGAUCUUCACGCUAAGCAUCUUGCCGAGGCAUUAUCUAUCUUGCAAGCUAAUCAGUUUUAUGUUAAGCUCUCCAAGUGUUCUUUUUGUAGCACCUCGGUCGAAUAUUUGGGGCAUAUCAUCACUGAUGGAUAG